AUGGACAAAGGCCUUGCUUCUAAUGAUCAGCAGUGGAGUCUCCAGGGUCUGUCCUUUUUCGAUCAAAGGUCACGGGCUCUUGUGCUGGAAUAUGGCAGCUUCGGAAGCUACAUCAAAGUCCUUCAAGAGAUUGCGAAUAGCAAUAAGUAUCGCAAGGGUGUGGCCGAGCUACUAUGGGACGACACCUGUUUCGGCAGUGUGGAGACCUUGCAGACCAACAGCAUCAGGGUUUUCGAUACAGAUACCGAUUUCUUGUGGGACCCCAAGGAGUUUUCGGUAACACCCAAACUCAUCACUAGACAUGGUUUCUGUUCCGCCCUGCGCAUGCUUGCCAAGCGCGAAAGGCACAAAGUCGUCGAGUUCGUUGUCGAGGAUCAGGCUUAUACUGACGGGGUGAACAUCGAUCUUUUUGACAACACGGGUUAUACUUACGCAGACGUCAUCUCUCUUAUCCAGAGGCCCGGCAUUUCCAGGCUGUAA